GACCGCAUCACGUGACACGCGUCGGUGUUGCAGGAAACGGCCUCGUUCUGGAAGUCCGGGGCAACACCUAGAGGGAGGUGUCCGGUAGGGAGAGUCGCGGGGUAGUAGGGUGGUUGGCUGGUAUAUUUUCGCCACAUAUCAUGGAUGCGCACUAAGUGGUCGAACGUUCGGGAUUUUUUUCCCCUGACAGAAGCAGCCUGCGUACGUGCCGCCCAGGGAAAGGCGUAGGCUUGGGAUUUUGUCCAUUUGUCGUACAUCUGUGCGGCUCCAGCAGGCAGGCAGCAUGUCGCGGGCAGUGUUGCAGCCCAGCCAGCAGAAGCUGGCCGAGAAACUGACCAUCCUCAACGACAGGGGCAUCGGGAUGCUCACCCGCAUUUAUAACAUCAAAAAGCAAGGACAAGUUUGGAAGGCAUGCGGAGACCCCAAAGCAAAACCAUCAUAUUUGAUAGACAAAAAUCUGGAGUCUGCUGUCAAAUUUAUCGUCAGAAAAUUCCCUGCCGUGGAGACGCGCAACAACAAUCAACAGCUUGCACAACUUCAAAAAGAGAAAUCUGAAAUUCUGAAGAACCUAGCUUUAUAUUACUUCACUUUUGUGGAUGUUAUGGAAUUUAAGGAUCAUGUUUGUGAGUUGCUGAAUACCAUUGAUGCUUGCCAAGUCUUCUUUGACAUUACGGUGAAUUUUGAUCUCACCAAGAACUACCUGGAUCUAAUCGUUACUUACACAACAUUAAUGAUCAUGUUGUCACGAAUCGAGGAGCGCAAGGCUAUCAUUGGGCUGUAUAAUUAUGCUCACGAAAUGACACAUCAGUCCAGUGACCGAGAGUAUCCAAGACUGGGCCAGAUGAUUGUAGACUAUGAAAACCCAUUAAAGAAAAUGAUGGAGGAAUUUGUACCCCAUAGCAAGUCCUUAUCCGAUGCCCUGAUUUCACUUCAGAUGGUGUAUCCUCGGCGAAACCUGUCUGCUGACCAGUGGCGCAACGCCCAGUUACUCAGCCUUGUCAGCGCUCCUAGCACAAUGCUCAAUCCUGCUCAGUCUGACACAAUGCCAUGUGAAUAUCUUUCCCUGGAUGUUAUGGAGAAAUGGAUCAUUUUUGGCUUUACAUUAUGUCACGGGGUCUUGAACACAGAUGCUGCUGCUCUAAAUCUCUGGAAGCUUGCCCUUCAGAGCAGCUCGUGUUUGUGUCUCUACAGAGACGAAGUCUUCCACAUUCACAAAUCAAUAGAGGAUCUGUUUGUGAAUAUCAGAGGGCACAACAAGCGUAUUAAUGAUAUUAGAGAAUGCAAAGAAGCAGCUUUGUCACACGGUGGCUCCAUGCACCGAGAAAGACGCAAGUUUUUAAGGUCAGCGUUGAAGGAGCUUGCCACCGUUCUGGCUGACCAGCCUGGUUUGCUGGGACCAAAGGCACUUUUUGUGUUUAUGGCACUUUCGUUUGCUCGAGAUGAAAUUAUCUGGCUCCUUCGCCAUGCGGAUAAUAUUCAAAAAAAGAGUGCAGAUGACUUUAUUGACAAACAUAUUGCUGAACUCAUCUUUUACAUGGAAGAAUUACGAGCACACGUUCGGAAAUACGGCCCCGUGAUGCAGCGAUACUAUGUCCAGUAUUUGUCAGGCUUUGACGCUGUUGUUCUCAAUGAGCUUGUUCAGAAUCUGUCUGUGUGCCCAGAAGAUGAAUCAAUCAUAAUGUCUUCAUUUGUAAACACAAUGACUUCCCUUAGUGUAAAACAAGUUGAAGAUGGAGAGGUGUUUGAUUUCAGAGGAAUGAGACUUGAUUGGUUUAGACUGCAGGCAUACACCAGCGUGUCUAAGGCUUCAUUGGGUCUGGCAGAUCACAGAGAACUUGGGAAGAUGAUGAACACAAUCAUAUUUCACACAAAAAUGGUGGAUUCCCUGGUAGAGAUGUUAGUGGAAACGUCAGACCUCUCUGUUUUCUGUUUUUACAGCCGGGCCUUUGAGAAAAUGUUCCAGCAGUGCUUGGAGCUGCCAUCUCAGUCCAGAUACUCCAUUUCUUUCCCACUUGUUUGUACUCACUUCAUGAGCUGCACUCACGAGCUGUGUCCAGAGGAGAGACAUCAUAUUGGGGACCGAAGUUUGUCUUUGUGCAACAUGUUUUUGGAUGAAAUGGCAAAACAAGCCCGGAACCUCAUCACAGACAUUUGUACAGAGCAGUGCACUCUGAGUGACCAGUUACUUCCAAAACAUUGUGCCAAAACAAUCAGUCAAGCCGUGAAUAAGAAAUCCAAAAAGCAGACCGGGAAGAAAGGAGAACCUGAGCGAGAAAAGCCUGGAGUGGAGAGUAUGAGGAAAAACCGACUACUAGUCACCAACUUGGACAAGCUGCACACUGCCCUGUCAGAGCUCUGCUUCUCGAUCAAUUAUGUCCCCAACAUGAUUGUGUGGGAGCACACCUUCACGCCAAGGGAGUAUUUGACUUCUCACUUAGAGAUCCGCUUCACCAAGUCGAUUGUAGGAAUGACGAUGUACAAUCAGACGACACAAGAGAUUGCCAAACCUUCUGAGCUGCAGACGAGCGUGAGAGCCUACAUGACUGUGCUGCAGUCAAUUGAGAACUACGUUCAAAUCGAUAUCACCCGAGUGUUCAAUAACGUCCUCCUGCAGCAGACACAGCAUUUAGACAGCCAUGGAGAGCCUACAAUCACCAGCCUGUACACAAACUGGUAUUUGGAGACCUUACUGCGGCAAGUUAGCAAUGGACACAUUGCGUAUUUUCCUGCAAUGAAGGCGUUUGUAAACCUGCCCACAGAAAACGAACUGACAUUUAAUGCCGAGGAAUAUUCUGACAUAUCAGAGAUGAGGGCCCUCUCAGAGCUACUUGGCCCUUAUGGCAUGAAAUUCCUGAGUGAAAGUCUGAUGUGGCACAUUUCUUCUCAGGUGGCAGAACUCAAGAAACUUGUGGUGGAUAACGUCGAAGUGCUUACGCAAAUGAGGACCAGCUUUGACAAGCCGGACCAGAUGGCGGCCCUCUUCAAGAAACUGACAUCAGUUGACAGUGUCCUGAAAAGGAUGACCAUUAUCGGAGUAAUUCUCUCCUUCCGUUCACUGGCUCAGGAGGCACUCAGAGAUGUUUUGUCAUGUCACAUCCCUUUCCUUGUCAGUUCCAUUGAGGACUUUAAGGAUCACAUUCCAAGAGAGACUGACAUGAAGGUGGCCAUGAAUGUCUAUGAACUUUCAUCAGCUGCUGGAUUGCCUUGUGAGAUUGACCCGGCCUUAGUAGUUGCUUUAUCCUCUCAAAAGUCAGAAACCAUAAGUCCAGAGGAAGAAUACAAAAUUGCCUGCCUCCUGAUGGUUUUUGUGGCUGUUUCUUUGCCAACCCUUGCUAGUAAUGUCAUGUCGCAGUACAGUCCUGCAAUUGAAGGUCACUGCAACAACAUUCAUUGCUUAGCAAAAGCGAUAAACCAGAUAGCUGCUGCCCUCUUCACCAUUCAUAAGGGAAGCAUUGAAGACCGUCUCAAGGAGUUUCUGGCCCUUGCUUCUUCCAGCCUGCUCAAAAUCGGCCAGGAGACGGACAAAACCACGACACGGAACCGAGAGUCGGUUUAUUUACUGCUGGAUAUGAUUGUGCAAGAGUCUCCCUUUCUUACCAUGGACUUGUUGGAGUCCUGCUUUCCGUACGUCCUCUUGAGAAAUGCCUACCACGCCGUCUACAAGCAGAGCGUCACGUCUUCAGCAUAGACGCCGUCAGCUGACAUGGGAGGACACGGAGUGUGACAGCCUUGCGUGUGUACAUUUAGAGUCUUAAAGAUUUUUUUUUCUUUUUGAUUUUUUUUUUUUUUUUUUUUUUUUUUUUUGUGAAAUCGGGUCACUUUUUCCUGAAGUUGUAUCAAUGACCAGUUGUUUGCUUAUAACGGUUAUCUCUGAUCUUGGGUGAUAAGAAUUAGUGACACUAAUACAACCCAUUAAAAAAAAAAAAA